AUGGAUUACAAUGGGGAAGCCAGGCCGGGGGAUUUUCAUGCUGGCUAUCAAGAAAUCGAAGGGAUAAACUUGGGAUACUUACAGAUCAAUGGCACCCAGAUGUUUGCAUUGGCCCAGGUCCUCAGCGACCUGUUUAAGGAUAUCCCCAGGACCACCAUCAGCAAGAAGAUGGAAACCUUAAAGAUCAAGAGCCGACGCUGCGAUCUCAAAGAGCUCCGGACCCUCAAAGCCAUCAACUCCGUGCCCACCCGCGCGGUGAAAUGCUCCACCCCUGGGGGGGAUCCGCAACAAAAGGAAGGAGGCUUUGGGGACGCAGAGCCCUGCGCCAAAGGGAAGGAUUUGCACAAAGAUGCCUCGAACAAUAGAGCCUCGUUAGGCCCCAGUGACCAAGCGGAGAGGCAGAUUGAAGCUUUAGCCGGGCGAUCUGCUUCCCAAGAGCCUGCCCCGGGCUCAGCCCCUCAGCCCGCAGCUCAGGAGCUGGCAGGGAGCCGCAGCCCGGCGCCCCCCGGGGACCUAGGGGAGCCCAGGAGGGAGCAUUUUGACAGGCUCAUCAGGCAAUCCAAGCUGUGGUGUUAUGCAAAAGGGUUCAACGUGGACGGGAAAAGUUUGCGCCACGGAGGGAGGACGGAGCCUUGCAAAGCAGCAGAGCUCAAAUCCCCCGGUUCCAAAAGAGCAGAGAGCCCCAGCACCUUGUCAAACAAAGCUUUGAAAGGCAAUGGCUCGGAAAGGAAUGCCAAGCGCAGACGCCUUGCCAGAGGCGCUGAGGCAGAAAGGCAACAGAGCUCCUCUAAAGGGAGGCCACAAAAGACUCAAAGGAGGAAUGCCAAAAAGGGAAACACUCAUUGCAAACGCCUCGGCAGCGCUGGGCCAACCCCGCCUAGGAAUUCCUUCAGCCUCAUGGGCAACUUCCCGUGUAUUCCCUCCCUGGUCGUGGGGGAAGAUGGGGACCUGUGUCCUGCCUCCUCCCUGGGCGUCAAAAACUCCUGGGCUCUCUCCAAAACUCACCCGCUGUGGAGCUGGCACCUGGGGGGCAACGCCAUCCCCGUGCCCCCCAGCCUCAAAUUCCGGGGCUAUAGCUUGGAGGAUCUCUAAGGACAGCGGACA